AUCUGUGGCCGUGAGUUUGGCACCAUGAGUCUAGCUAUCCACGAGCCACAGUGCCUCAGGAAGUGGAAGGCAGAGAACAGCAACCUGCCACAGCACAUGCAGCGUCCUGAACCACGCAAGCCAGAGGUUAUCUAUGAUGAUCAAGGCAACAUCAACCGUGAAGCGAUGGCAGAGGCAGCGUGGCAGACACACCUUGAGCAGCUGGUCAAGUGUGAGAAGUGUGGACGAACCUUCUACCCCGACCGUCUCAUCGUGCACCCAAAAGGGCUGCCGCAAGGAGACCUGAGUUUCGCCCUA